AUGGUUCCUAACGGGAUGGCCUCCCGCAAGGACCCAAGUAAUACGUGGAAAUUCAGUAGAAAAAUGUGGUGCUCUCUACCAUCAUGCCUACUAUGUGCUCUUCCUAUCGUUGAGGACUGGAUUAAUGGGGAUGGACCGACAAAGCUCGAAAUGGAUGCUGAUCAAGCGCGGUGGAAGACAUAUGACGAUAGUGCGAAGAAACAUAUGCUCGUCCCGUCCGCUGAGGUCGAAAGGACAAUUUUCCAUAAGCAACCCCAGAUAUGGAGAGCUCUCUACCGCGGAAUUCUGGUGGAACCGGAUCAACGGCAUCGCCUCACCGGCAUCACAGUCUUCGAUGGAGAUUGGGGAGUUCAAAAGUUUCCGCGCAGCCCACACCAAGCACGAAUAGGGAGUCGAUUGGAUUCUAUCUUUAUGCCCAAGUAUGCUGCGAAUCUGCUGGAAGAGCUUGGUGCAGCACGAGUCACCAGCCCAGAAGGACCGGACCCCUACUGGCCACCAGCAGAACGGCCUGGAUAUCUGGUCCAUGCCCACUGUUGGGCGCUAUUCGGCCAAGUGGUUGAAGGGGGUGUUGCGCGUAUCGAGGAAAACCUCGACGUCUUUGUUCAGGCAGCGCAACACUUUUGGCAAAAGGAUAGAUUGCGAGAGACACAUGCCUAUAAGACCCGAUGGUGUAUUCCACGUGAUAUUCCAGCAGAGUCAGAUUCCUCCAGCCUCUCGUAUUGUGAGAUGGAAAAAAGAGCCCUUCAUACCGCGCGCGCAAGCUGCCAGAAUCCAUUGUUUGUGCUGAAGCUCGAAGAGGCCAUCCAGCGAAAUCGGAAAAGGAGGAAAGUACACCUACACGUCGGACUCGGUAAUUUUCCGCUGGAUCUCGCGAUCCUGGUAAUUGACACAGUGAUUCCUGCUAAAUACACCGCGAUCGAGGUCCAAAAUGCUCGGAAUUUGCUCGAGGCCUUUCAGUGGACUUUACCGGAUGGCUACUGGCGAAAGCGAUGUGAUUCCAGCCUGCUUUUCGAGGUCAAGGUAUUGGAGAAGACUAAGACACAGAUGGAUUGGCAGGCCCUUGGGCUGGACCUGAUGGGCCUUCUUGUCGAAGACGAAUUCACUAGUGGCCUGCGCAACCGCGAGCGCAUCCUUUUGUUCAUGGACCAUAUCAAGAAGAGAUUCAUCGAAUUUCUGUAA